AUGGCCUCUUCCUCUUCUUCUCCCCCGUCUCUUUCUCUGUCUCACAUCUCAACUCAGUCAUCCUCUGCGGCUCUCGACGACAAUUCCGAGGACGCCUGCAGCAUAUGUCUUGAGCCCUUCAGUACCCAUGACCCCGCCGCCAUGAAACUUGUGUGUGAUGAAGUCUUAGGUUUAGAAGAUUGGUCGCAGAGAAGCAAAGAAUGCCCAAUAUGUUGGCAGUUACUUGUCUUGAAAGACAAUGCCAGCCAAGAGCUUCUAAAUGCAGUGGAGGCUGAAAAACACUUAAGCUCAAGAACUGUACACUCACAUGCAUUCACCAAUUAUCAUAGCUUCCUUGAACGGCUUAACAAUGAUCAUGAUGAUUUAGACGAGUCUAAUUUUGAUGAACAACUUGUGCAGCAUGUAGUUGCUGCUUCAAGUAGAGCUCGUUUUAUCUGCAGACGUGAAACGCAGAGAUCCUCUGGAGCAGGUCCUUCAGAGGUUAUUGCUUUUAACUCUCCUAAGCAUGCAUCAGGGAUGCAACCUGCACUUACAACUUCACCCUCUGGAGGUAGUUCACCAACCCCUGGUGUACCUUUUGCUGCUCACAAUCAACUUCCAACAUCUGCCUUUUCCUCUAUUGGCAUGGUUACAACAAAUACUUCUGAGAAUGACAUGCCUUCCAAACCUAGAGUUAUCUAUAGCCAGCCAUCACCUGAAAGUGCGAGGAGACUAAAGACUUCUGAGAUGUUUUCCAUCCCCGAGUCCGUCAAAUCCAAACUUUCUGCUGCUUCAGCCAGAUGCAAAGAAUCAAUUUCCAAAAAUACUCGUGGUUUUAAAGAGAAGUUGAUUGCACGUAAUGCCUCAGUUAAAGAACUGAGUAAAGGUGUUCAGCGUGAGAUGAAAGCAGGCAUGGCCGGUGUAGGACGAAUGUUUGAACGCCUUGAUCUUACCUCAAAACGGUCCUCAUCUCCUGCCAACACUAUCUGCUCUGGGGGAACUUCAGGUCUGCCUAUAAAAGAGAAGUCUGUUCGAGAGAGUAGAGUUUUGGUUGUGGAUGCUACUUCAAAUGCUUCCUCGAUCAAUUACAGUAUAGUUGCUGUUGGAGUGGAAAUUCCUGUUUCAUUGUGGACAUCAUGCUGUGCAUACAUAGCUCGGAUGGGAAAAUCUACCAUGUUGUCUUCACUAGUGCAGGAAGGGAUAUGGAAUGCAAGAGACGACUUGAUAACCAAUGUGGCUGUUGGUAUGCGUCCUGCAUUUGGUCAAUAA